CCGAAAAAUGUCUCAUCCAUCAGGAGAGAGAAACUCAUUCCCUCGUCUCAUCUUCCUCCCUGUCCUCCUCCUUUUGCAGACAGAAUAUAUCUUCUUCCAUCACAAUUCCAAAAGCGCUCUCUCUCUCUCUCUCUCUCUCUCUCUCUCUCUUCCAUCCGAUCCUCGAGAGAACUGAAAUCCUCUCUCCUCCUGAAGCCUCAAAAUUGAACAACAAAAAACCCAUCAAAACCUCUCUCUCUCUCUCUCUCUCUCUCUCUCUCUCUCUCUCUCUCACGCACACACACACACACACACGCUCGCGCGUUGUUAUAUCAAUCCCUCAAGUUACUCCUCGAUCCGAUCUUUCCAAUUCGAAAUUUUCUACUCGACGCAGCGAAUUGGGCAAAACCCCCCAUACAUCCUUCUCCUCUCCCUCGCUCUCUCUAGAUUAUAUAUUUAUAUUUCUGCUACGUAAAGAGAUGACAGUUUUUUUUGAUAAGUGUAAAGAGAUGACAUUCUCAAAGGAAGCUUCCACAUCCUCCCACCAAAUCACCGUCCCUCUCGAAUCCACCCCUCUCCUCCCCAAAUCCCCACCCCCUCUCUCCUCCAACCCCAAGACCUUCGCCAACGUCUUCAUCGCCAUCGUCGGCGCCGGCGUCCUCGGCCUCCCCUACACCUUCAAGCGCACCGGUUGGAUCCUCGGCCUCCUCACCCUCUCCGCCGUCGCCCUCCUUACCUACCACUGCAUGAUGCUCCUCGUCCACACCCGAAAAAAACUCGAACAAUUCGGGAAAUUUACCAAAAUAUCCUCCUUCGGGGACCUGGGUUUUAUCGUGUGCGGCCCCAUAGGCAGGUUUAGUGUGGACGUGAUGAUCGUGCUUUCCCAAGCUGGGUUUUGCGUCAGCUACCUUAUAUUUAUAGCUAACACCUUAACUUAUGUCUUCAACUGUUCGACGAAAUUCCCCAGUGGAAAUUUUUUGGGGAUGUCGUUGAAAGCUGUUUAUAUUUGGGGGUGUUUUCCGUUUCAAUUGGGUUUGAAUUCGAUACCCACUUUGACCCAUUUGGCUCCCUUGAGUAUAUUUGCUGAUGUUGUUGAUUUGGGAGCUAUGGGCGUUGUGAUGGUGAAAGAUGUAAUGAUUUUCUUGCAACGAGAAAGGCCUGUUUUGCAGGCAUUCGGUGGUUUUUCGGCGUUUUUGUACGGGUUGGGGGUGUCUGUGUAUGCAUUUGAAGGGAUUGGGAUGGCUUUGCCGUUGGAAUCGGAGACGAAAGACAAGAAAGAGUUUGGGAAAAUUCUGGGUUUGUCAAUGGGUUUUAUUUCGUUGAUGUACGGAGGGUUUGGGGCAUUGGGUUACUUUGCUUUCGGGGAAGAAACAAAGGAUAUUAUCACUACCAAUUUAGGGCAGGGGUUGUUGAGCAAUCUGGUGCAGUUGGGUCUGUGUGUGAAUCUUUUCUUCACUUUCCCGUUGAUGAUGAACCCGGUUUAUGAGGUGAUGGAGAGGAGGUUUUGUGAAUCGAGAUAUUGUGUGUGGAUGAGGUGGGUUGUGGUUUUGGGGGUGAGUUUGGUGGCACUACUGGUGCCUAAUUUUGCUGAUUUCUUGUCCCUGGUGGGGAGUAGUGUUUGCAUUGUGUUGGGGUUUGUUUUGCCUUCUCUUUUUCACUUGAUGGUGCACAAGGAAGAGAUGGGUUGGAGUGGGAUGGCUUUGGAUGGGGCAAUAGUGGUGUUAGGGAUGUUUCUAGCAGUGUCUGGAACUUGGUCUUCCCUCUUGGAGAUAUUUGGAACCAAGGCUUGAUCGAGAUUGAAAUUCUUGUUCCAAAUUGCACUAAAAAAAUGAUGAAACGAAGUGUGGGUAGGGUUGUUUUUAGCAGGGUCUGGAACUUGGUCCUCCCUCUUGGAGAUAUUUGGAACCAAGGCUUGAUCAAGAUUGGAAUUCUUGUUCCAAAUUGCACUUCAAAUAUGAUGAAACGAAGUGUGGGUAGCUACUUUUGUUUAAGAGGAAUUGUGAAACAAGGUAUUUGUGACUUGUGUUACGUGGCUUCUAAGAUCAUAAAUGGAUUAUUUGGUUUUGUUUC